CUCAGACUAGUUUCAGUUAUAAGGAAGUGAAACUCACACAGUCACUGACACUGAGAGGAGAAAUGGCGCAGAAAGGAGUUCAGCUGGACCGAGAAACCUUCACUUGUUCCAUCUGUUUGGAUCUACUGAAGGAUCCGGUGGCUCUUCCCUGUGGACACAGCUACUGCAUGAACUGUAUUAAAAGCUUCUGGGAUGAAGAGGAGGAGAAAAAGGGAAUCUACAGCUGCCCUCAGUGCAGGAAGACUUUCACACCGAGGCCUGUCCUGGAGAAAAACACCAUGUUAGCUGUUUUAGUGGAGGAGCUGAAGAAGACUGGACUCCAAGCUGCUCCAGCUGAUCACUGCUAUGCUGGACCUGAAGAUGUGGCCUGUGAUGUCUGCACUGGGAGGAAACUGAAAGCCAUCAUGUCCUGUCUGGUCUGUCUGGCCUCUUACUGUGAGAAACACCUCCAACCUCACUAUGAUGCAGCUCCAUUAAAGAAACACAAGCUGGUGGCCCCCUCCAAGAAGCUCCAGGAGAACAUCUGCUCUCGUCAUGAUGAGGUGAUGAAGAUUUUCUGUCGUACUGAUCAGCAGAGUAUCUGUUAUCUCUGCACAAUGGAUGAACAUAAAGGCCAUGAAACAGUCCCAGCUGCAGCAGAAAGGACUGAGAAGCAGAAGGAGCUCGAGGUGAGACGACUAAACAUCCAGCAGAGAAUCCAGGACCGAGAGAAAGAUGUGAAGCUGCUUCAACAGGAGGUGGAGGCCAUCAAUGGCUCUGCUGAUAAAGCAGUGGAGGACAGUGAGAAGAUGUUGACUGAGCUGAUCCGUCUGAUCCAGAAAAGAAGCUCUGAUGUGAAGCAGCAGGUCAGAUCCCAGCAGGAAACUGAAGUGAGUCGAGUCAAAGAGCUUCAGGAGAAGCUGGAGCAGGAGAUCGCUGAGCUGAAGAGGAAAGACGGCGAGCUGGAGCAGCUCUCACACACACAGGAUCACAACCAGUUUCUACACAACUACCCCUCACUGUCAGCACUCAGUGAGUCUACACACUCAUCCAACAUCAAUAUUGGUCCUCUGAGGUACUUUGAGGAUGUGACAGCAGCUGUGUCAGAGACCAGAGAGAAACUACAGGACAUCCUGAGAGAGGAAUGGACAAACAUCUCACUGAGAGUCACUGAAGAGGAUGUUUUACUGUCACCAUCAGAGCCAAAGACCAGAGCUGGAUUCUUAAAAUAUUCACAUGAUAUCACACUGGAUCCAAACACAGCAAACAGACAGCUGUUAUUAUCUGAGGGGAACAGAAAAGUAACAUUAAUGAAACAACAACAGUCUUAUUCUGAUCAUCCAGACAGAUUCACUGGAUGGUGUCAGGUCCUGAGUAGAGAGAGUCUGACUGGACGUUGUUACUGGGAGGUGGAGUGGAGAGGGAGAGGAGUUAAUGUAGCAGUUACAUACAAGAAUAUCAGCAGAGCAGGGCUUAUAUAUGAAUGUUUAUUUGGAAACAACGAUAAAUCUUGGGCAUUACGUUGUGACACAAACAGUUAUAUAUUUUGGCACAACUAUGUCCACACUGUCCUCUCAGGUCCUCGGUCCUCCAGAGUAGGAGUGUACCUGGAUCACAGAGCAGGGAGAAAAUGAUCUGCAGGAUCCUGCUGCUCCUCAUCCUCACCUCAUGUGUCUCUGGAUCAUUUGUAGUCAAUGUGACACAGACCUCCUAUCAGGCAGAGGAGAACCACAACAUCACACUGGAGUGGACGUUCACCACCAAACCUGACAGAGUCUCUAAAUAUAUUUUUAUAUACUGUCAGCAGAUAAGAAGUGGCAAAGUACAUGAAAUUUUCACUGACAAAGUCCUGUAUCAUGUUCAUGAAGGUGUUGAGGUGUCAGAGUCUCAGGAUGCAAAGUUUUCAGGACGAGUCCAGAGUGACAAAGACGCCCUCAGAGAAGGACGAAUCAGACUUCAGCUGUCCAGACUCAGGACUGAUGACUCGGGUCUGUACCUGUGUGAGGUCAACACUGAUGAUGGCUUCAGUGUUGGAAGACGUCGACGUCGACUCAACAUCACUGGAGCUGAAAGUCCAAAUCUGAAACACUUGGGGACGUUCACAUGUGUUCUGAUAGUUUUGGUGAUCAGUUAUGAUUCUCUGUGCUUCGAUGAUCUUAAUAGGUUAUGCAGUUAACACUGUGGCUCGUCCUUCACCGAGGAUGAAGAGAAAAGACCACAUCCCUUGCAGACAAAACAGCAGAUCUUCUUUUCAAGCAGAGUCUGAAUGUGAGUUCUUACCUCGCACUGAUUCUACUGAUUAAAACUUGCAGCCACCUAAAACUUACUAAAGAGUCAACUAAUACCAGGUGAUUUUCUUUAUGGUACUUUCAAAGUAAAAGCAUCAUUGCUUUAAGACAAGUU